UUCUCAUUCAAUUCACUAACUUCGCCGUUUUUAAUAUUAAAAUUGUGCAUUGUUGUUACAAAAUGCGUAGAGAAUUUAUUUUAGUAUUACUAGGAAUCAUUUGUAUCUCUACUCUGUCUUCUUUGCUGUCAGGAUAUGAGCAAAUAGAGAUAGAUAAAGUGCUCUUAGACACAGUGGUCGGUGUUGUGGGAGCGGGCAAUUUUUCAUAUUGGCAACUAGGUCACACUGGACCCUUGCUGGUAGAGCUGAUCUCUUUAUCUGGAGACGCAGACCUGUAUGUAGCGGAUAACAUAAGGCCAAGCUAUGAGUUAGAUAAAAACAACUUCAGUUCAGUGACAUGUGGACCUGACAUUGUCAACAUACCUGCAGACUUUCCUCGACCAGUUGGUAUUGGAGUGUUUGGCCACUGGUCACAUUCAGUAACGGAGUACAGCAUCCAGGUAUUCCUGGACACAUCAGCGGUGCUAAGUGAGGAGCAAGUUCUGGCUAUAGAAAGAGCACAUCAAGGCAAUGGACAUGAUCGAACAGAAAUGAACGGCAAAAGAAAGGAGAAAGUGUCACCAACGAAGACUGACAAUGAACAUAAGCCGAGAUUCCUCUGGUUGUUGAAUAUUUUGGAUGUUAUAUUCGAAAUGUUUAUACUUUGAGUUCUGGCAAUAUACAGUUGAGGAUGCUUAUUUCCUACCCAUUCCAGUGAAUGUAAUUUAACUUUCACAAUGUCUAUAACUUGACGUUGUUCACAUGCUGAAUGAGCUUAUGACAGUUUGGUGCAUGUUAGUUUAUCAUAAGUGGGAAGGAAAUUUAUGUCUUUAACUGUAUGCAUGGGAUUUGAUUUCGUUCAACGCUUUAUAUGUGAGGCGUUAGAAGAUUCUAGAAUACACUAGAAGUCGGUUUGAGUUGUGUGAUAUAUGAAAUGAAAAAGCGUUUUCGUUUUGCGUUGUCAUUAGAUGACAAAUAGAAGACACGUGUUAAGACAAUUUUGGCAUUACAAUAAUUGAUAUUA